UGCAAAGAGUUGCUUGGAGACGACGACGAUAAUCAUGACGACGACGACGACAAAUGCAAAGAUAACGCAGGCAGAGGCGGGUCCUUCAUCAUCGAAGGCCACAUCUGGAGGAAAUGGCGGAGCAAGAGAGACGAACGUUGCGGGUGUUCGCAAGACGCCAAGGUGGUCCGACAAGGUAGCAGCGCGCAACAAGAUGGCGAGCAUCAAGGAGCGAGAAAAGGCUAUGAGGGACGCCAAAUUGGCAGAGGCUCAGCGCAAGAAGGACGUCACUCUGGAGCGCAAGCGUAAGAAGCAGGAGCGCGAGAGACUUGACGAAAUGGCCAAGAAGAUGAGCGCGAAGAAGCUCGAGAGAAAGAAGAGACGGAUGGGUCUCACCAAGAAGGUUUCACACUAGGUCACGAUUUUUGUCGACGCAUGCUGUACUAUGUCUCAAGUGGUCACAUUGGAUGAAUUGUUACUGUACUGUACAUUG